UAAUAGCGUAGCCGAGAGAGUAGUUGGCUCUUAGAUAUCAUCUUAUAUAUCCCUCUAUUUAAGCGGCUUCCCCUGCUGCUUUCCUUGUUACUCAAUCUCUUUUUUUUCCGACUGAGAAGAAAAGGCAGCACAGGUGGCCGGGAUGGAUGGGGUGGAGAACAGAGAAUUAAAGGAAGUGAAGGUGGGAAACCGAACAAGAGGGAGGAGUAGUUUUGAUUUAAUUCUGAGGGUUUUGGCGUUGGUGCUCACCUUGGUGGCCGCUAUUCUUCUUGGGGUGGACAAGCAGACUAAGGUUGUUCCGGUUCAGCUUGUCUCAACCCUGCCAGUUCUCCAUGUUCCGGUUACUGCUAGGUGGCAUCACUUGUCUGCCUUCGUGUAUUUUGUGGUGGCCAAUGCUAUUGUAUCUUCAUACGCAGCCCUCUCUCUAGUCCUUUUAUUCACAGGCAUGGGUGCAAACCGCGUCUUAAAGUCAGCGAUCAUCAUCAUCGAUACGCUAAUGGUGGCAUUGCUCUUCUCCGGCAUCGGAGCCACCGCCGCAGUCGGCUUAAUUGGCUACCAAGGGAAUUCUCACCUCCGGUGGGGAAAAGUGUGUAACGUGUUUGAGAAAUUUUGCCAUCAAGUGUUAGCAUCUAUUGCGCUUUCUAUGCUUGGAUCACUAGCGUUUAUCUCGAUAGUUGUCUUCUCUGCUUUGAGAGGCCAUGGAAAAUCCUAGGGUAAAAUGGUCAAGUAUAUAUUAAUAACAAUAUUAGAAGGCUCCCUAAUAAUGUUAUGUCCUGCAUUUGUAUCAAGUGAAUUGAAUGAGUUUCUAAAUCCCUAUUUUUGUUAGAAAUUGGGGGUGAUGGAUAUGAUGUUGUGGCUUUCAUUUGGCCAGAUUUCUCAUGAGGGAAGAAAGGAAUAAAUUAUAAAAUGUUGGAGCAUUCA